UUUUGUCCCUCCACUCCGCUACAUUCUACAUGAAAAUGGCACGUUUUUAUCUUCAGGUUCUCCAGUUAUUAGUUUUGUUAUUCGUCAUAGAGUGCAAAGACAGCUCACCAGUGACUGUGUCAGCUUCUCAAGAAGAAGAUGCACUUCUCCCAUGUUUUAAUUCAAGUGUGAUAGGUCCAAAGAACUGCUACAGAGUCAAAUGGACAAAGCAAGUAACACAUCCCAGGCAGAUGAAGGUUAUCCUCGCCAGGCCUAUAACAUCCAAAUUCCAGGAUGCUGAUCGUGUAAAAUGGGAAGCUGAUGGAAAUGGACAAAUGUCUCUUCUUCUGACCAAACUGCAAAAAUCUGAUGAGGGGCUGUACAGUUGUGAAAUCUGGAAUGGCUGGGAUUGUAUUCUGGUCAAAAACAUUUCUUUAAAAGUAAAAGACUGCAAAACUCAUAAAGCAGUGAAGGCAGCACCCAAUACAACUGCUAACCUGAUCUGCCCAGUGAACAUAACAUCAGGACAACAAAGACCUCUGAACAUCUCCUGGGCAAUGCUGAAAGGUGGCAACCCUGUACCUCUCUUCUUGAACAGGGUUGAGAUCAAUGAGAGCUCAUUAUCUAUCCAGUCUGUGAGUGAAAGUGACAGUCGUUGGUACAGAUGCACAUACAUGCUUGGUCAAACUCAGCGCUGCUUUGACAUCAACCUUCAAGUCCAGGUGGAAGAUGUGGUCACGGCCACAACGGUUCCAGUUACUACAACAAUGACUGUACAAGGGAAAUCCAUGAAGGAGGAGAGCAGUGGACCAUUUAAUGCAGUCGUGGCUUCAGUCAUCACUGUGAUAGCCGUAACUGCUGCACUGAUAGGACUGUUCGUUUACUGCAGAUUUAACAUCCAGAGAGUCACGCAGCAAACACAGAGGCACCAAGCAGAUGCUCCUAUUCAGUCUGAUGACACUUAUGAGACUGUGGAUGAUAUGAUCUCAGAGGAUCAUAUAAACCUACAUGUCAACAGCACGUACCAACAAUGUCUGGAUGAGAGCAUGUUCACAUUGACCUACAAGUAAUUUUCAUUCUUCUCAAGAAAAAGAAGAUAUUCUUCAUAAAAUUAAAGCAUUUAUCCUACUGUGUAAAUGACUUUUAUUCUUACAUUUAUGCAUCAUGUAAAAACAUGUAACAUCUAAAAACCUGUAAAGUUUUGCUAAGAAUAGUAACAGUGACUUUGCUGACUCAUGUUGAGCAACAUGGAAAAUGUUGUCAUCUGUUUUCCUUAGACUGUUGAAAAGACUCUGCCUUAUUACCCUGUUUUCAUUAAUAUAUCUAAUAAUCUGUAUAUUUUAAAUCAAAUGUGUUUAGAAUUUAAUGUUUCAAUAAAAUCAAUAGUCCAAUAUGAAUUAAUAUAUGUGCUAUGAUGACUCAUAAAGAACUGAGAAUGUUAGAGAAACAAUUUAAAAAAAAAAAAAAAAAAAAAAAAGAAGCAGAUUUUUGUGUAUUCAUGAUAGAAUUUAAUAGUCAUUAAUGAUGAAAUGGAGAAAAUAAUUAAAUGUUUAUUUAGUGCUAGUUUACAGCCUGUAAUAAAUCAUAGAAACUGUCAGUGUUGUUGGGUGCUUCUCUUCUGGGUUGUCUUGGUGGGAGCAGUUCCUCAUUAUUUUCAUCCUGAAUGCUCUCAUAAACAUGAGUCUGUGAAGAGGAAAAAUGACAAAUUACAUUACACAAAU